CCCUCCGCCCCCAAGAUGGCGGCGGCGCUGAGGGGCCGCGCGGGCCCGGGCGCGGCGGCGGCGCUGUGGCGGCUCCAGAGCCGGCGGCGCAGCUCGUUCGACGUGGCCGUGGUGGGCGCGGGGAUCGUGGGCCUGGCCGUGGCCCGGGAGCUCAUCCAGCGCCAUCCCUCGCUGGCCUUGGCCGUGCUGGAGAAGGAGCAGGAGCUGGCCCAUCACCAGAGUGGACACAACAGUGGUGUGAUCCACAGUGGGAUUUACUACACCCCUGGCUCCCUGAAGGCCAAGCUGUGCGUGCAGGGGGCAGCCCUGUGCUACAAAUACUGCGACCAGAAGGGGAUUCCCUACAAGCAGUGUGGGAAGCUGAUCGUGGCCGUGGAACAGGAUGAAAUUCCACGGCUCAAAGCUCUGUAUGAGAGGGGGCUGCAGAACAACGUCCCCGGGCUGAAACUCAUUGGAGCCAAGGAGAUCCAGGAGAAGGAGCCCUUCUGCAGGGGACUGAUGGCCCUCGAUUCCCCCUACACUGGCAUUGUGGAUUACAAACAGGUGGCCCAGUCCUAUGCCAGAGACUUCCAGGAAGCAGGGGGGACAAUCCUGACGGAUUUUGAAGUCACAAGCGUGGAGAUGGCCAAAGAGAGUCCUGCAGAAAGCGAAGAUGGGCUGAAGUACCCAGUCAUUGUCAGGAGCAAAAAGGGCGGGCGGCUGUCCUGCGCUCACCUGCUGGCGUGCGCGGGGCUGCACUCGGACCGCGUGGCGCGGCUGGGCGGCGGCAGCGCGCAGCCCCGGAUCGUGCCGUUCCGCGGGGAUUACCUGCUGCUGAGAGCGGAGAGACGACACCUGCUGAGGGGCAACAUCUACCCCGUUCCCAACCCUCGUUUCCCAUUCCUGGGGGUCCAUUUCACUCCCAGGAUGGAUGGCAGUGUCUGGCUUGGCCCUAACGCAGUGCUGGCCUUUAAGAGAGAGGGCUACAAACCCUUGGACUUCAGCCCUGGGGACUUUCUGGACGCUGUCACCUACAGUGGGCUGUGGAAGCUGGUGCUCAGGAACGUGUCCUACGGCCUGGGGGAGCUGUACAGAGCCUUUUCCCUCAGUGCCCAGGUGAGGCAGCUGCAGAAGUUCAUCCCUGAGAUCACCACCAACGAUGUUCUCAGGGGUCCCUCUGGUGUGAGAGCCCAGGCCCUGGACAGUGAGGGCAACCUGGUGGAUGACUUUGUGUUUGACGGGGGCUCGGGGGCCGUGGGGAGCAGGAUCCUGCACGUCAGGAACGCGCCUUCCCCCGCCGCCACCUCCUCCCUGGCCAUCGCCGCCGCCAUCGCCGACGAGGCCCAGCGCCGCUUCCAGCUCUGAGUCCCGGCAGGAAUCCCGCCAGGAGCCCUGCCUGCUGCCCCUCUGCACCCUGGCACUCCUCCUGAGGGACACAGAGGCACCAGGCAGUGCCCGAGCAGCCCUGGCAGCGUUCCGUGCCCGCGGCUCCUGGCGUGGUGGAGGAAGGUUUGGCCGGCGGAGCAGAGCAGCCGUGGCAGGCUCUGCAGCCACAGCAGAGCAGGCUGGGAUCCCUCUCUGCUGGGAUUUUCCACGUGGAUUUGCCAUGCCCGUGCUCACAAUGCUGCCUCCUCAGAGGGGGCUGGAAGUCACGGGCGUGGGCUGGGACUCCACUGGUUCCAUUCCACCCCAGGCUGGGGUGUGCAGCCCUCUGGAUGACAUGGGAAUAAUGGAAUAGAAGGAUGAGCCCUGCCAAAGGGCCCUGCUGAUGUGGAAUUAAAGGCUUGAUCAAAAACUGAGAACAAUAUUCAGAGCCUUCGACGUGAAUGUAGAGUAUUUCACAGGAAAAUAAGCUUAAAGGGGAUUACCAAACCCAAGGAAAUUUAGAUCUGCAUUUCAGAUACUCUGUGUGAUCACUGUCUGUAUUUUUUAUAGAGCAGAAAUCAAAAUAUGCAUAUAAACAAUCACUUUUCAUUUCAUUUCCAGCUGGGAAAUCAGCACUGAUCAGAAGCUUCAUCAGAGGCUUUGGGUUUCUUCCUUUGAAUGCUGAUGAUGCAAAAGGAGCUGAUCUUUGUCCAGCCACUUGAGCAAUCCAGGGAAAAUGGUCUUUGGAACAGGAAAUGUGAAGGGAGGGAAGCUCCAGAAACCUGCCUUGAGUCAUGUUUGGUGUCGCUUCCCUCGGAGCAGGGAUGAGUCAGGGAGAUUUCCCAUUUUCCCCGAGCACCAGGGGAGCUCAGGCAGGGCUGGAGACUCCUCUGAGCUCCACUGAUACCCAGUUUUUAUCAGAAAUGCACCUGGAGGAGUCUGUGUGCAGGGAGAGGUGAAGUAAACUCGGUGCUGAGCUGAGCAUCUGGGAGUGCCCUGCAGAAUUGCUGUAAAGCAGAAUUUUGUGGCCUCGGGGACAAAGUAUUGAGGAUUUAAUAACAACAGCUGGGUAGGACAGGUAAUUGUGGGGAGUUUGAACCAGAAAACUGGACACUGAUUUUUCCUUUAAAAGUUCUGAGUUCCUCUGCUGGGAGUUGGCAGCUGUGAGGCUGAUUUUACUGUACAGAUUGGAGACAUUUUUGAGGGGGAAAAGGGCUUAAUCUGCCACCAUUAUUAUUAUUAUUAUUAUUAUUAUUAUUAUUAUUAUUAUUAUUAUUAUUUUCCUUUUUUUUCCCCUGGUAACAUCUACUUUACCAGCAAACUGACUGCUGGAAAUUCAAAUACCAGCCCUUUCAGAGCAAAGCUUUGCUCACUUCAGGCAGAGAUUCAGCUGAUUCCAAGUGUUCCAGAGCCACAGGGCUGUGUAAAACUUCCCACACUGGAACAAUCCUGUCUUCCCUCCCUGCCAGAAGCGUUGCCUAUCAACAGUAAAUCCUACAAAAGGAUUGCAAAAGCCACUUCCUCCCACAUGGGGUGUGGCCCUGACAUGUAUUAACAGAAUAAAAACAUGAAAAUGCAAAGCAGAGACCAGGGCUGUCCUGAGUCAGCAUUGCCCUGUGCUUUUUCCUCUCAGGUGAUGAUUGUUUGGGGGUGAAGUUUAUUUGAAAUUUAAAUUAUGAACCUUGAUGUAGCAUUCUGUGGAGCAGAAAUCUUUGCAGAGAUAAAAGCUUGACACUUUUGUUAUAAGUUCAGAGAUUGUGAUAUCAGGGUUUCAGGCAGCAGUCUUGUUGCUCACAAAGUGUGAAAAUGCAUUAAUUUAUUUUCCAACUGAGCCUCACACUGAUGAUUUCAUAAAUGUGCCUUUUAUGAUUAAAA